GCACGUCUAGUCUAGAUCUCUCUCAUUGCCAUCUCACUCUCGGCGGACCGAAAAAAGCCAUAGGGCCAAACACCCGCUCCCCUCUUCCCCCGCCCUUCGCAUGGCGAAGCGCGGCGCCGCCGGCGACCCUAUCCCUUUAUCGCGAUUCGGUGCGCUGGUGGCGCAGCUGGAAUCCGUGGUGGCGUCGGCCAGGCAGAAGCCCCCCGACGCGCUCCUCUGCUUCGACCUCCUCUCCGAGCUCUCUUCAGCCCUCGACGAAGCCCCCAAGGAGACCAUACAGCUUUGGCAAAGGAAAUGUGAGGAUGCUCUCCAAUCCUUGCUCGUCUUUGGGGCUUGCCGCCCUGUUCGACGCUUGGCGUCAUCAGCAAUGGUGCGGAUAAUUCAGAAAGGUGAUGCAAUAUCGGUAUACUCAAGAGCGAGUACCUUGCAGGGGUGGUUGGUAGAUGGAAAAAGAGCAGAUCCCAUGGCGUGUGCAGGUGCAGCACAAUGCCUAGGAGAAAUUUACUGCUUGUUUGGGCGCAAGAUUACCGCAGGAUUAAUCGAGACAUCAAACAUCGUAGCGAAACUCAUGAAGUAUCAUGAGGACUUUGUGCGGCAAGAUGCACUCCUCUUGCUUGAGAAUGCAUUGGAAGGCUCUGGUGGUGGUGGUAGUGGUGCAGCUUAUUUGGAGGCUUUCCGCAUAAUCAUGCGAGGUGGCAUAAGUGACAAAUCAUAUAUUGUUAGAGUAGCAGCAGCACGAUGCUUGAAGGCCUUUGCUAUUAUAGGUGGACCUGGUUUGGGGAUGGCUGAACUUGAUACUUCAAUGUGUUGUUGUGUUAAGGGCCUGGAGGACAAUUUGUCAGCAGUUCGAGAUUCAUUUGCCGAAGCACUUGGUGCUAUACUUGCUCUUGCAGUAAACCCAGAUGCACAGGUAAAGAAAGGAGGAAAAAAGCAAAAUGCUUCUGGAAAGAAGUUUGAUGAUGGUCUACAGAAGCAUUUAAUUUUACCAUUUGUUAAAGCAAAUGGAGCCAAUGCAAAAAAAUUACGGAUUGGUUUGGCUCUAUCGUGGGUGUUCUUCUUGCAGAUGAUUCAUUUGAAGUAUGGCACCCCAGAUAGUGAACUCCAAAACUAUGCCAUACAAGUGAUGGAAAUUCUUCAAGAGAAUGGUUCUCCCGAUCCACAUGCAUUGGCAUGUGUUCUAUAUGUCCUCCGAGUUGGUUUUGCUGACCAGAUGACUGAGCCGACACAGCGUGAGUUUUUGGUAUUCCUGGGAAGAAAGUUGGAGUCUUCAAAUUAUACUGCUCCGAGAAGAGUAGCUACAUUACGCAUUCUAUCUUACCUGUUGAGAAGCUUGGGCGAGGUUCCAUCUGAAUUCAAGGAUGUCCUUGAUAACACAGUUGUUGCAGCAUUAUCCCACUCUUCAGCGCAUGUUCGUGUUGAGGCAGCUUUGACAUUGCGUGCUUUAGCGGAAGUUGAUCCUACAUGUGUUGGUGGUUUAGUUUCAUAUGGUAUUACAACAUUACAUGCUCUCAGAGAGACUCUAUCAUUUGAUAAGGGUAAAAGUCUGGACCUUGAGCUCGAUUCGCUACAUGGACAGGCUACAGUAUUAGCUACUCUUGUUGCUAUCUCUCCAAAGUUACUUCUUGGUUACCCUGCAAGGUUGCCCAAGUCUGUACUCGAAUUGUCCAAAAAGAUGCUUAAUGGGUUUAGCCGAAAUCCAGUGGCUGCUACCAUACAGCGUGAAGCUGGCUGGUUGCUAUUAGCUUCUCUUUUAGCAUCAAUGCCAAAAGAAGAGCUGGAAGAUCAGGUCUUUGAUGUUCUUUUGCUAUGGGCUGGUCCUUUUACUGGAAAUCCUGAGUCAUACCUUCGUCACAUACAGGAUUGGGCAUCAGAAUUGCGCGUUCUGUCAGUUGCCAUUGAGGCACUUACUGCUUUCAUAAGAAGUUUUGUUUCUCCAACUAUUGCAACUACUAAUGGUGGAAUCCUGCUUAACCCGGUGCUGGCCUACCUUGGUGGAGCUUUAUCCCUUAUAUCUUCGUUGAGCACCAAGCAAUUGCCAAAUGUCAAGUCUGCACUGAGCCUCUUCACGACUAGAACACUGAUGGCGUAUCAGUCCCUUUCCAACCCAAUGGUUUAUAAAUCAGAGCACGAGCAGAUGCUUCAGCUAUGUUCAACCCCAUUCAGCGACCCUUCUGGAUGGGAAGAAAGCUCAUGCUUGAAGUUUCUGUUAGAUAAAAGAGAUGCUUCUUUGGGCCCAUGGAUACCAGGAAGGGACUCUUUUGAGGAUGAACUACGAGCUUUUGAUGGUGGUGUUGAUGGAUUUCUACCAUGUGUGUGGGAUGACGAAAUAAGCAACUUCCCUCAGCCAGAAUCAGUUAGCAAAAUGCUUGUUAAUCAGAUGCUUCUUUGCUACGGUUCUAUUUUUGCAUGUCAGGACGAUACUGCCAAAGUAAAACUCCUGAACAAUCUUGACCAGUGCCUCAAGGCUGGGAAGAAGUAUUCUUGGUUUAUGUUUCUUGUUUCAAAUGCUUGUGUUGCUCUAUUGUCAGGGUUAAAGGAGUUACUGACUUUACGUGGGGCUCAAUCAUUGCCAACUGACAUAUUAAGUAUGGUCCAAUCAAUAUUCAAGGGCAUUCUGUUGGAGAGUGAAAUUUCUACAGCACAACGACGAGCAGCAUGUGAAGGUCUUGGUUUAUUAGCACGUGCUGGAAAUGAUAUAUUCACCGCAAGAAUGGCCCGUUCCCUUCUUGGAGAGCUUACAACACCAGUAGAUCUGAGCUAUACGGCAUCUGUUGCUUUUUCAUUGGGCUGCAUUCAUCGAACUGCAGGGGGAAUGGCAUUAUCUAGUCUGGUUACUCCAACUGUGAGCUCCCUUUCUCAUUUGAGUAAGAGUUCUAAUUCCAACCUGCAGUUGUGGUCACUCCAUGCUCUUCUUUUGACCAUUGAAGCUGCUGGCUUGUCUUAUGUCUCCCAAGUUCAGGGGACACUUUUCCUUGCCAUGGAAAUUCUAUUACUGGAAGAAAAUGGAUAUGUCGAUCUUAGACAGGAAAUAGGUCAUCUUAUCAAUGCAAUAGUAGCAGUUCUUGGUCCUGAACUUGCUCCGGGUAGCACAUUCUUUUCACGCUGCAAGUCUGUCAUUGCAGAGAUAAGCUCCUCAAAUGAAACGGCUACACUUCUAGAAUCAGUAAGGUUUGCUCAACAGCUUGUUCUAUUUGCUCCUCAAGCUGUUCCCGUUCAUUCCCAUGUUCGAAGUCUUAUCCCAACACUUUACUCGAGACAGCCAAGCCAUAGGUAUUUGGCAGUGUCGACACUGCGUCAUCUGAUUGAAAGAGACCCGGCUGCAAUGAUCAAUGAGAACAUCGAAGAGAAUCUCUUCAGUAUGCUUGAUGGGGAAACUGACUCCGAAAUAGCAACAAUGGUUCGCACGACAAUUAUGCGCUUACUGUAUACAUCAUGUCCACUACGUCCAUCUCGGUGGUUAUCUGUUCUGCGGAAUAUGGUUCUUGCUACAUCAGUUACAAGAAAUACAAGUGAACAUCUGACCAGUUCUGGUCAUGAUGCCCUUGACAGUACAUCUGAGAAUGAUGUGCAGUAUGGAGAAGAUGAAGAUAAUAUGAUUUCUGGCCCAAAGCAGGACCAAGUAAACUGGUCUGCUCCUAUUAUGAGUCAGUUUCCUCGAAGAAAUAAACACCUCAGAUACCGCACCAGACUUUUUGCAGCAGAAUGUGUUAGCCAUGUACCAGUUGCAGUUGGAAUAGAACCUGCUCAUUUUGAUCUCUUGUUGGCAAGGAGUGCAAUGGCUAAAGGGAUUUCUCUGUCAAAUGACUGGCUUGUGCUUAAGUUACAGGAGUUAGUCUCGCUUUCGUAUCAGAUAAGUACUGGACAAUUUGAAGGCAUGCAACCGAUAGGCGUGCAACUUUUAUGUUUGAUAAUGUACAAGUUUGGCAUGACAGUGGAUCCUGAAUUUCCUGGACAUAUCUUGUUGGAACAGUUUCAGGCUCAACUUGUUUCUGCUGUAAGAACGGCAAUAAGUACUGCUUCUGGUCCACUUCUCUUGGAGGCUGGCCUUGAACUUGCUACCAAGGUUAUGACAAGCAGCAUCAUUGGCGGGGACAGAGUAGCCCUUAAUCGUUUGUUUUUACUCAUAUCCCGUCCACUAAGUGACAUAGAGGGCCUGUUUUACCCAUCUUUUGCCGACUGGGUUGUGUGUAAGAUCAAAGUGCGCCUUCUUACUGCACAUGCUGCAGUAAAAUGCUACACCUAUCAAUUCUUGAGGGCAAAGGAAAAUGUUCCUGACGAACAUCAGCAUUUGGCACCGUUACUGGCAAAUAGCUCGACUCUAUUGGGAAAAUAUUGGGUUGGAGCCCUCAAAGAUUAUAUUUCUAUAAGCUUUGGCUUGCAUUCAAGACUUAAUCACAAGCCAUUCCUAGAUGGAAUUCAGUCAUUAUUGGUCUCGUCAAAGGUACAGAAGUAUCUUGAUGAAGUUUGGACACUGAUUCUUCAGGCAACAGCUCUUGAUGCAGCUCCUGUGGAGUUCGGCACGGAUGAUGAAGAUGUGCAUGCACAUACAUUUAUUGCUGGAUUUAGUAUGGUCAAACUGGAAAGAAGUGAAUUUCAGUUUCUCUGGGGACUAUCGGUCCUUGUGCUAUUUCAUGCACGGAAAUCAAUGGUGAAUAGUUCUGUAAAGAUGAAGCUUGAUCAUAGCAAAGAGAAAAAGUUUGGGGAUAUUAUUUUCCAUGGACUACAUAAUCCAAGACCAUGUGAUCAGGUCUUACCUGUGUUAUUGUCCCUCACAACUGAAGUCUUUUUCAGCAAGGAUUUCCUUUCAGUGGAUAUUUGCCAGGAACUUCUCCAGGUUCUCACAUAUGUUGAUUGCUCAAGUGCUCCUAUUUUAUCUCUGUUCACACAGAUUGUCAGGCUCUGCCCUGCCAACUUUUUUGAGGUAGAAGCGUUUGUCUUUGCAACAUUGGAAUUAUACUCUCAUUGUCUUGCCAUGAUACUUCAAAGCAGGGAGGGAAGUUCUCUGGAAUGGUCAAGUAAAACUUUGCUUCCUGCACUAUCUUUUGUAACUGAGGCUAUGGGUAGUCGAAUGAAAAAUAAGCAUUUGUGGAAGCUGAUGAUUGUUCUACUAUCCACAUCGUACCAAUCAUUUCAACAAGUCUCAACUGAUCUAUGCAUGUCAAAUAUCGUCUCCUUUCUUCAAAAUAUCAUGCCUUUCAUGAAGAAGUGUUUUAGAGAAAGAGUUGAACCAAGUGAUGUGCACAGUGAUCUUAAAGAUGCCUUAGGAGCUUUGAUUUGCCUGGUGGCAUACUUCUGUACAGAGUGCGGAAAUAGGAUUUCGAUGCUGGCAAACAAGAUUUCUGAUUCCUACAGGCUCUUUGCAAAGAUAUUAUUUUUCUGUUUGGGAGAAGGCAUUGCUCUUGGAAAGCUUGUUCAUGAGAUUUGUUAUGUUGCUGAAAAUGGUACUAACAAUUAUGGGCACAUGUGGGGCAGCUUUAGACAUUGCAUACACAUUAUUCAGGGAUCACUUUGUAGCACCAACAUACAGGUUCAAAUGCUGGGGAUACAUGUGCUUAAAACUUGUGCACAGAAAGAGCUAACUGAAGUUCUACAAACAAAGACAAAUUCUUUUAUGAUGUUACUUGGGGAAUUACUAGGGGAUGUGGUUUCUGUGAUGCAAACUACACUGAAGAAUUGUUCAACCAAGGAAUCUGUCAACAUCAUUGAUGAAUGUUUGAAACUACUUUUCCUCUUCCACACACUAGCACAAUCACAGAAAUACCAGCAAGAUGCUACAAUACUUCUGCUGGAUGCCUUACUGAUGGUUUUCUAUUUGUCUAGUGAUAAUGGCUCACAGGAACUUGCUGAAUUAAAUACCAUCUCCAAGAAGUUGUUCUCUCAUUUUAUUCAGAUUCCAUCAGCUGCCAUACAAAUCAAAGAUAUAAUGCUAUCAGCACCACCUACAAAAAGGCAACAGCUUCAGGAUAUGAUCCGAGCUUCGGUCAGCCAUGGUCAGAUAAUGGUGCCGAUGAAUAUGAGUGCACAGUCAGAACAGAAUUUUCAGGAUUCUAGCAGUGAACCUGGGUCCAUUGCCAGAGUGUCAGAUGCUGAUGCAGUUGAAGAGCAGGAUGAAAAUGAAGUUAGUGAUGAUGACUGGGAUGAUGAUUGGGACACGUUCCAAUCUCUUCCAGCAACUGCUGCGAAGGAUGAUGCAGAUUCUGCUAUAGUUGUUUCACUUGUUACUGAGCAGGGUUCUAUUGCAUGUCCUCAUCAAGAACAGAUCUCUCAGGAAAAUACUAACCAAUAUAUUGGUGAUAUGGACGAUGCAGCUAGUGCAACAGAGGAUAGGACAUCUCUUGAUAAAGAAUUUGGGGAACCCUCUGCUUCACAAAGCACAUGUCCUGAGCCACAGGUCACAAAGGAUUUCCUAGAGACAUCAUAUGAAGAUUGUGAAGUCCCAACUGUUGAUUGCGCGGAGCCCUCUACUCAUGUUCUGAUGAAAGAAAAGACAGGGAGCGAAUUGCAGCAGGAUCAUGACAUUGACAACCAAUUUGGUUGUGAAGACAGAAAGAGUGAUGACCUGGACUUACCGAAGGGUCAUGAUCCUGAAAGUAAAGAUAACAAGGGUGUUUUUGGAGGAACUCAAAGGUCCGAGGGAGAUGCCUUAGAUGAAAAUCCUUCAGAUGUUCUGGUUGAUGAGUUUAAGAGGGGCAGCGACACGGUAUCUGUUGGUGAUAACAAGUCCUUAAUUAGCAGUAAUGAUUGUGGGGAAGAGUUAGCACCUUCAUCCCAUGUUGUUAACACCAUGUCAGGAAAUGUUACUAGCACUAGCAAAGCAAACGAACAUCCUGAUAACGCCAACACCAAACAUCUGUAGGUGAAAGCUCGGAGUCAUAACUGAGAAGGAAUUCCUGUAGACCACAUACAUUACUGGAAAAUUGAGUAUGCUUAUCAGGACUUUGGAAAUGAAAAUCCAAAAGGUUUUGUCCUGAUUACAAGCACUUCUAACUGCAUUCCUUGACCUCUGUGGCCCAGGUUGUACUGUUCAAUGAGUGAUCAUGUAGUCACGUGUGCAGUCUAAAAGACCUGCCUGUACCGAGAUUUGGCAAGAUAAGAAGCAUUGCUCGACGAUACAAGAUUUGAUCUUUACAAGGUAAUGAACUAUCUGCGGUUUCUAGAUCCUGUAUCCAAGGCAUUAGCUUAGGAUUAUAUGCUUAUAGCUACUGCGUGUUAUAUGUCUGUCAGAUCUUGGGGUGCAUGCUUUUGAGCUUUGUAUUUCAUUAAAAAAUAUUUGUGACUUCUGAUAUUUGCAGUUGUACCAUGUUUGUGCUCGGUAUGCAGUUUUGACCUCACUUUCGUGUUGGGAAUACAAGGCCCAUUAAUAUCACGUUAAUGUAAGUCGUAACAUUCUAUUGACACCCCUGGAUAUUCAGUAUGUAUAUACUAUAUCACUUGUGGAUA